AUGCCCCCGCCCGUCCACGGACGCCUGGCGGGUGGAGCCAAGCCCGUCCCCCAGGACGCCUGGCGGGCGGAAGGCCGCGCCGUCCCCGGGACCGGCCUGGCGGGCAGAGGCCCGCCGGUCCCCGGACGGCCCCUGAGGGCCCGAGGCCCACCCGGGUCCCCGGGACGGCCCUGGCGGGCGGAGGCCCUGCCGGUCCCCGGGAGCGCCUGGCGGGCGGAAGGCCCGCCCGUCCCCGGGGACGCCUUGGCGGGCGGAGGCCCCGCCGUCCCCUGGGACCCUGGCCUGGGCGGGAGGGGGGCCCGCCCGGUCCCCCAGCGACGUCCUGGCGGGCGGGAGGCCGGGGCCCGCCCGUUCCCACGGGAAACGCCUGGCCGGGCGGAGGCCCGCCCGUCCCCCCUGGGACGGCCUUGGCAGUGGGGCUGGAGGCACCCGCCCAGUUCCCGGGACCCCGGCCUGCCGGGCGGAAGAUGCCCGCCCCGUCCCACGGACGGCCUGGCGGGGCUGGAGGCCCUGCCCCGUACCGCCCCGGGACGCCUGCGGGCGGUAGGGCCCGCCCGGUCCCCGGGACCGGCCUGGCGGCGGAAAGUCCCGCCCUCCCCGGACGCCUGGCGGCGAGGCCCACCCGUCCCCGGGACGCCUGGCGGGCGGAGGCCCCGCCCGUUACCCCCCCGGGACGGCCUGGGCGGGCCGGACGCCCGCAAGUCCCCGGGACGCCAGGCGGGCGGAGCCGGUUCCCGGUCCCCGGGACGCCUGGGACACGUAGCGGGCCUCGCCCACCCGUCAAGGCCUGCCCACCCAUCCCCUGGGACGCCUGGCAGGCCUCUGCCCGCCCGUCUCCGUGACCCCGCCUGGCGGGCCUAUGCCGCGGGCCUUGCCCGCCCUCCCUGGGACGCCCUGGCGGGCCUGCCCGCCCGUCCCAUGGACGCCUGGCGGGCCCUCGCCUGCCCGGGCCCUCGCCUGCCCUCCCCGGACGCCUGGCGCCCGGCCUAUGCCCGCCCGUCCCCGGACGCCUGCGGCCCUUAUGCCCGCGCCCUACCCCGGGACGCCUGGCGGGUGAAGCCAGCCCGUUCCCCAGGACGCCUGGCGGGCGGAGGCCCGCCGGUCCUCCCCGGGACGCCUGGCGGGCAGAGGCCCGCCGGUCGCCUGGGACGCCUGGCGGGCGGAGGCCCAGGUCGUGGCCGUCGACCGCCUGGCGGGCGGAGGCCUGCGUCCCCGGGACGCCUGGCGGGCGGAGGCCCUGCCGUCCCCGGGACGCCUGGCGGGCGGAGGCCCGCCGGUCCUGGACGCCUGGCGGGCGGAGGCCCGCCCGUCCCAGGGACGGGGCCUGCGGCCUCCCGGGCCCGGACCCUCGCCCGACCCCGCCGGCCCUCUCGGACCCGCCUCGCCCUCUGCCGCCGGAGGGGCGCCGCCCUCCCCGGGACCCGCCUGCCCGCCCCGGAGGCCCGCCCGUCCCCGGGACGCCUGGCGGGUGGAGGCCCCGCCCGUCCCCCCCGGGACGCCCUGGCGGCGGAGGCCCACCCGCCCGCCCCGGGACGCCUGGCGGGCGGAGGCCCCGCCCCGUCCGCCCCGGGAGGCCGGCCGGAGGGCGGAGGCCCGCCGGCCCCCCGGGAACGGCCUGGCGGCGGAGGCCACGCCGGUCCCCGGGGGACGCCUCGGGCGGAAGGCCCGCCGGGUCCCCGGGACGCCUGGCGGGCGGAGGCCCGCCCGUCCCCGACGGCCUGGCGGCCGGAGGCCCCGCCCGCGGGACGGUCCUGGCGGGCGGAGGCCCGCCGGUCCCCGGGACGCCUGGGGCCGGGAGGCCGCCGGUCCCCGGGACCCCCUUGGCGGGCGGAGGCCCGCCGGUCCCCGGGAGCCUGGGCGGGCGGAUUCCCCGCCCCCCGUCCCCGGGUACGCCUGGGGGCGGACGGAGGCCCGGGCCCCUCCCCGGGACGUCUGCGGUGGAGGGCCCGGCCCGUUCCCCCAGGGACGCCUGGCGGGCCUCGCCCGCCGUCCCUUAAGAGACUGUCGAACCUCAUCUUCCAACUGGUCGUUCCGUUCGCCCUGGACACCGGUGUUCCUAUCCAGCGACUCUAA